AUGUCACUUCCUUUGCUUCCUUCCUUUCGAAGACAACAACUGGUGUUGGACUUCUCUGCUUUGAGAGGACAUUGUCCAGACGGGCUUUAUCUUUCACUUACUCCUGGCGAUCCUUGUAUCUGGGCCGCGGUAAUUUUUGUGCGAAGAGGACCGUACACAGGGGCGAUUCUUCGCUUCCAAAUCUCUUUUCCAGACACAUUUCCUGACCAGCCUCCUCUCCUCACCUUUUCAACCGAUGUCUUCCAUCCUUUGAUCGUGCCUUUGACCACAUACACCUUCAGCGCGAAUAUCGUUGAUGCAUCAGGCACUGUCAGCGCUUCAGAUGAGGAUCGUCUCCCUCCUGGAGCAUUCAGCUUGCGCUAUGGAUUUCCACACUGGUUCACAGCAUCUCCUUCGCCGGCCAGCAAGGGAGACUCUUUCAGUAUGAACAAGCAAGGAGAUGCAAGUGCUUCGAGUCUUGACGCCUUGGAAUACAACACCAAAGAAGCAAAUGAAACUCCUGUCGUUGAGCCGGAACCACAAGAUCGUGGAACCAUCAUUUUGAACUUAUUGCAACAUGUUCAAGAUGCGUUUGAAGAUGAAGCGUUGCUGGACAAACUCCCUGUUGAGACCGCUGGAGAUCCCAGUGCAUGGCACGCGUGGCGUGCACAUCGUGGACUUGCGAAACGGCAGAACGAGCCUCAGACGCUGAUGCCUGAAGGCAAAGAUGCAGCUCCUUCAUCACCGAAAAAUCCCGGAGAGUGGAAAUGGGAUGGUGUCUGGGAGUCACGCGUGAGGAAUGGUAUCGAAGCCAGCAUAAGUGAAGCCACCCUGUUCGGCAAUACUGGUGGUGGUCGAGCAGGGUCUGUUGCGAUGGACACCACAAGCAUGGACCCGCACCAAAGAAUCCUGGCUGCAGCCGAUCGACAAAUUCGCUUCACAAAGCUGAGCGAUGAGCAUUUCGAUAAAAUAAAGGCCGAAAUACCCGUCUCUGGCUCUGCCAUGCCGACCUGA